AUGUCUGCCCCUUCUACACCAACGUACGAACUCAGGCGAGUCAACUGCCAAGCCUCUGUACCAAAUCACCACAAGGCCAGUGAGAGUCAACGGCUAUCAGCAAGUCCCAGAAGUCUAGCUCAUCCUCUCCACUUGGACGAGGUAUCUAGUUAUGGUCAAUUCGCCAUUCCCAAUGGCGCUGAGCGGGUCAGAGAUGCCGAUGCUCGACUGCGAAGGCAGGUACCACGAUCACGUGGCUUGCAUCAGCUGUCAAACCAGGACUUGUGCUCAUACACAAGUCAGCCAUCUCUCCCCAAACUAGAGCCAGAGUAUGAGCUGUAUCCGACUUCACCUCGAAAGCGUCUUCGGGUCUCACUUGAGAAUACUCUGGUUCCUUCAGACAGACAUGGCCAACCUUCACACCUCGCAUAUGAUAGAAGUCUUGCCCACACUGGCUCCUGGUGUCACUCGACUCCUAUUAGUCCCAGCGAAGGGCAGUUGGAGAUAUAUGGCUCUGAGCAGGAUGUUUUAAGUGAAGAUUGGUAUCCAAGAACACCAAUUGACACCCGACUGUCCACGCCAGACCUCCCUCCGCUGUCCACAGACUAUGAGUUCUGCCCAUGUCAUCUUCCAGACGAGCACAGGCAGGACAGGAUCAACGAAGACUUUUACUUGGCCACAAGAUCCAAGAUGGACAUGCAGAGUAUGUUGAACCACUCCUCGCCAAAGGGCUUGGCAGUAUUGCGCAGUUGCUAA